AUGGCGAGCAGCUCUUUGCGCCUUGUCCAAAAGUUCACUGUCACAACAUCAGAUGAGAUCCGCGAUUCGAAUGGCAAGGAUAUUGGUCCGGCGCAAGCAUCCCCCAGCAUUAAGCAGGAACGAUGUAAUAGUUCUGAAGAGAUGGAUUUUAGCAUCAUCCCACCAGGGGUCACUAGCAAAUCAGAAGAUAUUGACACCCAUAUCACCCCGUCAAGAGUUGCCAUCGAAUCAGAAGAGAUGGAUUUCAUUGUCUUCCAGCCUAGCCUCACCACCAAAGAAGAAGAUCGGCACGAUUCUGAGGAGGCGGACCGCACUUCUUCCCAGCUAUUGUCCACAGACCUGAGUUCCGGAGACUCAGAAUUUCGUUCCAGCGUGACAGAACUUGAUCCUGGACUACCCAUCCCGGCGUUCUUGGAGACUGACGGAUCUGACAGUGUUCCUUUCUACUUGAUGGCGGCCAUUGUGCAAGAGCUGAAAGAGCUUAGGAAACACAGUAAAGAGCAUCCGGAGGUGAUAUCAGAGCUGGUCUUUCAAGAGUUCCGGCGCACGAAACGCUACCCACAGUUUAAUCAUGAAAAGAGUGAUCCACGCCUGGCCUGCGCAGUACAUCGAUUAAUCAGGAUACACCGUACCAUUCUCAUGGAUAGCCUCAAGUUUAGCUCUGAUCAGUUCGAGUACUGGGUACAAGAAGUCAUAUUUGUACUUCAGUCAUGCAGCGAGGACCCGCUUGCACCUGUAAAGAAAGCGACGCUUUUCAAGUGGCCAGAUGUUCCACGCAAUGAUGAAACUCGCGCUAUUCUCGCCCAGAGGCCACCUCGACCAAUAAGAAAUAUGGUGAGGACUUCCGACUUCUUGAAUCGCCUUAGAUGGGAGGGUGAGCAGAGGAGAGCCCUGGGCGCUUGGAGUCCACAGAUGGACAUGGGUUCCUUACCAGAUGUAAAAUCCGAGGACGAAAUCCUUGGGAAUUCGAGUCCGCCUAUAAAAUAUGAGUCCAUGUCAUUGUCAGAUAAGAUCGACAGUUGGCGGUCAAGGGAGAAGGAAGAGUCGGACAAAGGAGAUUCUAUCAAAGACGAAUCAAGUACAGGCAUGAGAUCGAGUGUGAAAUCUGAGCCUAUCAAAGAUGAGGCAAGGACAGAGACCGACGUCUUCGUGGAUGCAGGGUACGAAGCAUAUCUUUAUGCUACCGCUGAUGAUUAUAAAGGCAAAGGCAGAGCUGUUGAUUGAGUACGCGUGACCUUAGUUGUGUAGCUUAAAACUUUUUGGUUAC